GUAAUGAACAAUGUAGCGCUUCGUUAAUUAAUAUACAAUUGCAACUAAUAGCCAAAGAAAUUGAUUUAUUUGCUACACACUGUGAAUAAUUACUUUCACAAAGAUCUUUAUUUUUAUUGUAAUGAUUAUUUUUAAUCGUACCAUUGCUGCGGUUCACUCCGGUACAAUGUUAAUCGUUGCAAGUAUUUUACUUAUAAUGCAAGUAACAUGGGUGUCCGCCCACCAGACGAGUUGUGAAAACAAAGGUCCUUUCUGUGGUAAUGAUGGGAAGACUUACGCUACCAUGUGUAAGCUUAUAUGGGGAAGAAUUUACGACCCAGACCUUCAAGUACUGCAUGAUGGUACCUGCACCGGCCAUGCAUACAAGGGCGAACUAUCCCCGAACGAAGUGUUAAAAACUCACAACCCAGGAAACAAACCGAAACAAGCGCACCAGAAGACCAAGAACUUAAUACCUCCUGGAUGGCCCCCUUUAGGCCCAUUGGAAUCACAUGUAGAGAAGAAAAAGAACUAAAAUGAUGAAAAAAUAAAGACAUGUUAUGAAGUCUA